AAAAUGAAAUGGAAAAAGGGUGGAAACUUUCUUUGCGAGUUUCGCGCAAAGUGAGAAAGAGAGAAAGGGGGGGCCUUUGGUUUGCUUUAUAAGGGCAAAGUGGCGCAGAAGAGAGUCAACAGUGACAGUUUGGCAGCAGCCAUUGGCAUUGAAGUUGGAAGCUUUAUCAGAUUGGUCAUACUUCCCAACAGUAACACCCACCUACCUGUCAGCAACAGUCACUCGUAUACUAAAUUCCUCAAAUCUAGCUUCAUUCAAAUUCAAUUCAAUUAUACAUAGUUACACUCACACACCAAUUCACUUGUUUAUUUUUUCUUUUUUUUGUUAUUGGACCAAUUGUCUCUCUAGAAUUUUAGUAAAGGGAACAAAAUCAAUGGGUAUGGACAGGUCCCGUUUUUGUGCUUCUUGAGCAGUUAUUAGUAUCUCCUCUGCACCCCUUUCUUUGUCAUAACUUCACAAGAAAGCAAGUGAAAAGGUUUUAUGUUUUCAGAUUCUCUUUCUCUAAGGAAUUUAUAUCCCCUGUCUGAGGUUUAGCCCCUCCCUGCGGAUCCUGUCUUUACUUUAACCCCUUUUCCUCUCUCUCUCUCUCUCUCUCUCUCUCUCUCUCUCUCUCUUUAUACUUAAACUACUUCUUCAACCCCACACAUCCUCUCGUAGGACACAUCAACAACAUCAACAACCACUGAAUCACCUUCUGGGUCUCGCCUUACACACAAGCCAAAAAUGGAUGAAUGCAAGAGAAGUGGGCAGAUACCGGCGUUUGGGAACUGGGAUUAUGCCAAUGACUUACCAAUCACUCAGUACUUCGAGACUGCAAGACAAGCUGGUUUGCUUCGUUACAGUUCUUCCUCCGGAGAAAGUGAUCCUUCUUACGUGCGUGCAGAUCGAGACCUUUACGCUGUUGAUUUUAAGAAACCUCCACCUGUUUGUUCUACUAUUAAAAAGGGGACGAGGAACAGGGAAAGGAAAAGCGCAAAUGUUAUGGUGAAAGAUAACGUGAAUAUGAGAAAGCAAGGGAAAGUGUGCGACGUAGCGGAACAGGCAAGGAAGCCAGUAGUGAGGAAGCAGAGUCAUCUACACGACGCCGUUCCGCGAUCUCCGCCACCUCGACCUCCGAAACCUGUUGAUGAAGAUCUCUAUAAGAUCCCUCCGGAGCUACUUCGCACAACUAAGAGGAAGAAGAUGUUAGGUUUCAUUUCCAAGUGUCUGGUUCCUGCUGCUUGCGUUUCGUGAUGGAAUUGAAUUCCAAGGAGUUUUCUUUUUCUUUUUAAUUUUUUGAGAAGGAAAGGAAGGAAGAGUGGUCAUGUGUUUCUCUGAGGGAUUCUAAUAUAAUAGAUGGCUAUGUUGUGAUGGUUUUUGCCGCAUCCAUAUGCUAAGUGACUUUUUUUAAAUGUUUUGGAGAAUUUAUGUAAUUGUCAUCUUUUAAUACCUUUCAUCUCCUUCAU